AUGACACCGAAGGACGGCUCAUCGUUCCCCGUUUCCGGCUACUAUGGGCCGGACCUCCCAUCUGACGCGCUCCGCGACAUCUCCGGCCGCCUCCCCGACGCUGCCGACUUCUUCCGCUUCCACGCCGUCUGCAAGCCAUGGCGCGACACAUCGACUCCGAUCCAAUCGUCUCCGCCGUGGCUCCUUGCCGCGCCGGAGAAAGACUCGGUCCCGCUCAGGUUCAGGUGCGUGUUCGCCAAGUCCAGUUACCGCGCCCAGCCUUCUAUUUCCGGAGCCGGGAGGAAGAUCUGGCUGUCUACUGCCGACGUUGCUGCCAUCCGGUACCUCACCGUCGAACAUCUCCGCCCUAGCCUCCACGACCCUCUCACCGGAGCCGUCAACCACCUGCCUCUCUUGCCGCAUGCAUGCUGCGUCGACGGCCAGGAGGAGAACCUCCGCGGUGCUGUCUUUGGCGAUGGUACAACUCUUCUCUACGGCAUCUCCACCGAAUUUGUCAGUACCCAGUGCAGCGUCAGAGCCGAGUUCAAGGCGGCGCUCCUGCGUCCUGGCGACACAAAGUGGACGAUAGUGGAGAGGACCCUCUGGAAAGCCGGCACGCCCGGAGAACACUGCGUCGUGUACCGCAACGGUAGGAUCCUGGUAACUGUCAACGGCAGCCUCUGGCACGUCAUCACGCUGGACGCUGGCGACCUGCUGUUGCAGAAGCCGGGGGAGCGCGAACGCUACUCCUCCGAGCAGUACAGCUACAUCCUUGAGUCCCGUGGUGAGCUUCUAUGGGUCACCGUCCAGUUCAAGAUAUACUAUGAUUAUGGCGGGGUCUUCAUGGAGGUAUACAAGCUAGAUGGGGAGGCGUCAGCAACACCGGAAAAGACACGGUGGAUGAAAAAGGACGGUCGUAGCUUGGCCGAUCGUGUGCUGUUCCUGGGGUCGCCCAACACCUUUGCGAUCGACACCUCCCUGCUCGGUGGCCAUGGAGGUCGCCUACUUUGUCUACCCCAAUGGUAAGGCCUUUCCACGUACAGAGCUGCUAAAUCUCAGUCGACGAGUCAGCCGUUGGAUCUUUUGUUCGCUUCAAGAUUUGCGCUGGUGUGCCUGUCCUUGUUUAGGCCUGUGUAACGUGCGGAC